AGAGCCUCCUGCUGCUCUCUCUAGCUAGAAGGGCGAGGCAGACCCGUGAAGGGGCGGGAGGUUUAGGCGCCUCUGCCCGCAGGACUUGCGACUCCUGAGUAGCACAGAGCAGCUGCCAGGAGGUCGGCAAUGCCUGAGGCUAGGGAAUCCCCGGGAGAGCCCUGAGCGCCACCUGCACCGCCUAGGAAGGACGGCCAGAAGUUAGCCCCAGGGGUUCAGAGAAGCUCCCUUCUCUACAACUAUGGCUGGCGAUUCUAGGAACGCUACGAACAAAGACAUGGAGAUAGGAGUCACUUCCCAAGACCACAAGAAGAUUCCCAAGCAGGCACGGGAAUACACCCCUAUCGCCACCGACCGCACUCGCCUGCUGGCGGAAGGCAAGAAGCCGCGCCAACGCUACAUGGAGAAGAGUGGCAAGUGCAACGUGCACCACGGUAAUGUUCAGGAGACCUACCGCUACCUCAGUGACCUCUUCACCACCCUGGUGGACCUCAAAUGGCGCUUCAACCUUCUGGUCUUCACCAUGGUCUACACCGUCACGUGGCUGUUCUUUGGCUUCAUUUGGUGGCUCAUUGCUUACGUCCGAGGUGAUCUGGACCAUGUGGGGGACCAAGAGUGGAUCCCUUGUGUUGAAAACCUCAGUGGGUUCGUGUCUGCCUUCCUGUUCUCCAUUGAGACAGAAACAACCAUUGGGUAUGGCUUCCGCGUCAUCACCGAGAAGUGCCCGGAGGGGAUCAUACUGCUUCUGGUGCAGGCCAUUCUGGGCUCUAUCGUUAAUGCCUUCAUGGUGGGUUGCAUGUUUGUGAAGAUCAGCCAGCCAAAGAAGAGAGCAGAGACCCUCAUGUUUUCCAACAAUGCCGUCAUCUCCAUGCGGGAUGAGAAGCUGUGCCUCAUGUUCCGGGUAGGUGACCUCCGAAACUCCCACAUAGUGGAGGCCUCCAUCCGUGCCAAGCUUAUCAAAUCCCGGCAGACCAAAGAAGGGGAAUUCAUCCCCUUGAACCAGACCGACAUUAAUGUGGGCUUUGACACGGGGGAUGACCGUCUCUUCCUGGUGUCCCCGCUCAUCAUCUCCCAUGAGAUCAAUGAGAAGAGCCCUUUCUGGGAGAUGUCACGUGCUCAGCUGGAACAGGAAGAGUUUGAAGUCGUGGUCAUCCUAGAAGGAAUGGUGGAAGCAACAGGCAUGACUUGCCAAGCACGAAGCUCCUACAUGGAUACCGAGGUGCUCUGGGGUCACCGGUUCACUCCCGUCCUCACCUUGGAGAAAGGCUUUUAUGAGGUGGACUACAACACCUUCCAUGACACCUAUGAGACCAACACACCCAGCUGCUGUGCCAAGGAGCUGGCAGAGAUGAAGCGGAAUGGUCGGCUCCUCCAGUACCUUCCCAGCCCUCCCUUGCUUGGGGGGUGUGCUGAGGCUGGGAGAGAUGUGAAGGCUGAGCAGGAUGGAGAGGAUGAGCCCAAUGGUCUGAGUGUGUCCCGGGCCACCAGGGGCUCAAUGUGAAGUCUGUGUUCUAUCCAGAGCCUCUUCUUGCCAGACACCGAGGAGCCUAGGAGGCCGGAGAGGCCAAUUAGUUGGGCAAGCCUUGCAGGGGCCCCAGGAGCGUGGGAGCUCUAGGGAGAGGAACAGUGUUUUGAGACCUCACAUCUCUUCAGGGCCUCUGAGCGAGCGGCCUUGCCCGGCCCUCUCAGGUAGUGCUUUCUAGGCCUCAGCGAAUGAGAGCAUUAGCAAAGAGGCUGUAGCUGGGGCGGGGUUCCCAGAAUGAGUUCUAGGGUGUCCUCUUCCCUCUCUCUGAUUUCUGUCACCUGUUCACUUCCCUCCCUGAUUUGGUCUCCUCUAGGGACCGACAGGAUCACCCCUGACUCUUACCACUGAGGCCUGUGGAUUGAGGGAGGUCAGGUCUUGUCCAUGGAUGCUCGCCCACAGCUAGGGAUGAGUUCACAGAGACCUCCCAGGCUAAAGCUACCCAAGUCAGGGACAAUGCCUUUGAGUCUGAGGCCCAAACCACUUACUAAUGACUUCUUUGCAAGGCUCCCUUCUCACCAUUACUCCCCACCGCGUGUAUGUUUUCUCUUCCAUGUUGUGUGAACACUGCGGCUUACAGGGUAAUUGAGUUCAUUCGAGUGUCCCUGGGACACUGAGUCCCUAGGAGCACACACAAUGUUGUCCUCACAACUGCCUGCUACUCCUAGUCAUACUGUGCCUUGCACUUCAAGGAGAACCCAACAGCUGUGCUUUUUUGUAGGACUUUUUGGUCCGAGAACUUCAAAGAACCUGUAAUAUUGUCCUGACAUGUGAAUUUCAGAGCGCCGGAUGAACUAAUUGGUACUAACACAGAGAAAGCAGUGAGGAAAGGGGAGCAAGGAAAAUUUUCAUAUAAGCAUCUGGAGCCUGGUGUACUUGAUGCAUGGCUAUAAUGCUAACCCUUGGCAGGCUCAGGCAGAAUGGGGAAUCUGAGGCCAGCAAGGGCUGUAUGGGCCUGUCUCAAAAAAGCAAAAGACGCACUAACAAACAAGAAGACAUCUGCCUCAGUUGUCGCAUGGGGGUUCCUAGGAGAAAAGUGGAAUGUGAAACAGAAGUGACAGGUGGCCAAGGAUGGACCAAAGUCUGAGGCUGGUAGUGAGAUGCCUCUGGAUCGCCCUCAUAAAGAACAGCUCUAACACAGUGGCGGGACCUGGAAGGCAGGCCCGAGAGCAGGAGGUGAGAGAGUUGGUAGAAGAAGUAGGGAAAGGAAAGCCAAACGGUGGAGAAGGGCCCUGAGGUCAACAGCCUCGGAGACUCUUCCAGUCUGGAGGGCUAAUGGCCAGAUCAAAGAAUCUUAUGUAGAAAAAGAGAAGCUGGGCCUGAUCUUGGAAAGAUGCCCACAUGCUCCCCACACCUCCACCCCAGUAUUCAGAGUUCUCAACCAGCUUUGAAAAUAGAAGUACUUCCCUGCCACGCCCUGGAGCACUUGGCCUGGGAGCUACAGGAAGAAGCUAAGGUAGUCAAGGGAAUGGCUUCUGGACCUCAGACUUAGUUCCCAGGGCCCUGGGUUGGUGAGCGAAAGUGGCCUUGGAGGAAUAGUUACACUUGUAAACUGCCCACACAUGCAACAGGGAUCCCUUACUUGGCACCUGGACUAAAUCUUGAGAGAUGGUCUAGGCCCUGAGUGGUGUGUGCAUUUGUGUACAUGUGUGUGGUAUGUAUAUGGUGGCGUGUGUGUGUGUGUGGUGUGGGGAUGGUGGGAUGUUGGGAUGUGGAGGGUGUGGUGUAUGCAUGUCUGUGAGUGUGUGGUGUGUAUAUGGUGGGGUAUGUGUGCGUACACACACGUGUGUGUGUAUGUAUGUGUGGUGCUGAGGUCCCACAGUGAUAAGGUGCCAGUUAUGGUCUCAAGCAUCUUUCUAUAGUGAAGCAGGUCUAGCAGGGAAUGGGGAAUGAGCUACCACCCCCACUCAGGAGAGAAAACCAGCAGGUCCACAGCACCCAGUAGGUAAGCUGCAUUAGGAGUCUAAGGAGGGAGCCUGCUGCUAAGACUAGAUGUCUGGGAAGGAGCUAUAACAACUUCAGAAGAGACAGGCAUUUGGCUUGGCUUUCCAGACCCCAGGCCUUCACGGGCAGGACCAGUUGCACUCCUUGGUAGGCCUUGAACCCUGUCUCGGUCAGGACCCGUAGUAAGGCAGUGAAGUAAGGAUGAGAAGCAGCAGCGAGUGACAGCUCGGCCGUGUCUGGUUCCUGCUGCACACUUGUCUUAUUUGUGAUAUUGCUGAAACAUCCCCCCCAAACCGGCCAGGGAAAUCCAGUGGUCUGGGGUAGUCAGGGCACCAGUGUGCCAAUGAGACGCUGUAGAAGCUAUCAAAGAGUAGGUACACUCUUUAAGAUCCCCUAAAGCCAGAGCUGAUAUGUGCUGGAAUUAGGUAGCUACCUUCUUCAGGUUUCUAUCAUGGUGACCUAAAUGUGGGGGGUGGCCCUUCACAUCUCCAUGGACAGCUGAUUUCACUAAAGUUCUUCAAAUUCUUCAAAUCAUUUUCUGGAAGUUCUUGACUAAUAAAUUUAAAACAUGGGUUUAUUAUUUAAUGCCAGGUCUGAUGCUGGCCAACAUCUCAAUGGGUCACUAUUCCUACAUAUAAAGCACA